UAGCUUGUGCCAGUGUGUCUAUCCAUCCAGUGUGACUCAAGUGUGUGCAGUCGGUUGGGAAGUCGGCGCCGUUGCUGUCGUAUGCGUAUGACUGCGGGUCGAGAGAUAACACGAGUGAAUUUGCUGUAGCAAGGGUGGUUCUGCGUGGUCGCACUGAAAUCGCUGCAGCCCAUGUGCUCUGCUCGUUAAAAUGCUUAUCAAAGAAUUCCGUGUCACUUUACCUCUUACUGUGGAAGAGUAUCAAGUGGCUCAGCUGUACUCUGUAGCAGAAGCUAGCAAAAACAAUACCGGAGGAGGAGAGGGUAUAGAAGUGCUAAAAAAUGAGCCAUUCACAGAUUAUCCUUUGCUUGGCGGAAAAUAUUCUUCAGGUCAAUAUACAUACAAGAUUUAUCACUUAGCUAGUAAAGUGCCUGCUUUUAUUCGCAUCAUGUUGCCAAAGAAUUCCUUGGAAAUUCAUGAAGAAGCUUGGAACGCUUACCCUUAUUGCAAAACAGUUAUUACUAACCCUGGGUACAUGAAAGAAAAUUUUGUAAUUAUGAUUGAAUCGUUUCACAUUGACGAUGUUGGAAACCAGCAUAACGUUCACGAAUUGCCGCCCGAUAAGCUGAAAAUGAGAGAGGUGAUACAUAUAGACAUUGCGCACGAUCCAAUUGCGAGUGCCGAUUUCAAGGAGGACGAGGAUCCGACCAAGUUCAAAUCUGUGAAAACUGGUCGGGGUCCGCUCGACAGUAAAGAUUGGAAGAAUCAAGUUCAGCCUGUGAUGACAUGCUACAAGCUAGUCACUUGUGAAUUUAAGUGGUUCGGUCUACAAACUCGCGUGGAGAACUUCAUACAGAAGGCAGAGAGGCGUCUUUUUACCAACUUUCAUAGGCAAGUCUUUUGCUGGAUCGAUCGUUGGUACGGUCUAACUAUGGAAGAUAUUAGAGCAAUUGAAGAAACUACUAAGGAAGAACUAGAUAGGCAAAGACAUGAAGGAGAAGUAAGAGGUAUGCGGGCUGACGAUUGAGACAAAAGCUGUGGUAGCUUCUAUUACGAACGAUUAAAUCAAUGUCCUUAUAUGUCUCAGAUGCAUACGCAUAUCUACGAAAAUUGUACACUCACAUGUUCAGUCAUAGGCGAUCCUGCAGGAUCGGGACAAUUUCCAGAAUUUAAGUGUCUAGAUUCAGUGUCUAUUACAAUUACUUAUGAUUUUAAUUUAUUUACAUUUACAAGCGUUUUAGAUAAAUGUAUCUACAGUCAAAGAUUAUAAUAUAGGCAAUAAUAAGAGGGAACUGAAAUAAAUCAGUUCGACUUGUAUGAUGUAUAAAAUAUUUGAGGAACAGAGUGCAGUUCGAUAAAAAUCAAUAUAGGUGGAAAAGGAAUGUAAUUAUUGUUUAACGUCGCAAUAGUCGUUCGAUAUUAAAAUUUAUAAAUAAGCCGUUCAGAAUGCUUGCUAUAUGAAACAAGAAUAUUUAACGUAAUUAUCGCGACGACAAGUAAUUCGUAAUCCGCGGUAUUAAAGUUACGUUAAUUUACUAAUCGAGAAACGCUACUAUAUUUAUGUAACAACUUUGAUGAAUUUACGAGGCAUGGCCUGACGUUCUUCAAGCCCAAUAAUAUAAUGUAUAAUAAUCAGAAAAAUUAAACGAAAGUAUUUUAACAGUUCUCCAAAGAAGAAUGAAUUUUCUGGUAAUUUGCCAACGUUCAAUAUUUCCGUUAGAUGUAGAGAAAAGUGGAAGACGGUUAGUAGGGCAUAUAGGAAUAACGCUUUCUUGACAAUUCUGUUUCCGAUUGUUUAAGUUCGUCAGAAUUAGGACCAACGUAACGAACUUGAUUCCAUUUGAAUUCUAAUUAUUAUACUGAUAUAUAUCGUUUGUGCAAAGUAUGAAAAUAAUUGUACGACAUAACAAUAUACAUGUAUACAUACAUACAAAGAGAGAGAGAAAUAUUUCGCUGUAAAAGUUGGCAACUACUGAGAGGGUGUACUAUUGUAUAUAAAAAAAAAAGAGGCA